AUGAAAUCCCUCUACCUCACCCUCUACAACUUCCUCAGCGCCGCUCUCUGGGCCCGAAUCCUCGUCUCCACCCUCACCACCUCCCCUUCCUCUCUGUACCCAUCUAUCGAACCCUGGGCCCGGGGUACUCAAUCCCUGGCCAUUGCCGAAAUCCUCCACGCUGCAUUGGGAAUAACCCGCGCCCCCGUCUUCACAACCUUUACGCAGGUCUUCACCCGCUGCGUUCAAGUAUGGGCCAUUGACCGGGGUUACCCACAACUUUUCUUCCCGUCUCCGGCCUCCGGGGUCGGAGUCGGACAUGCACCCGAGCCCGGGCUCGGACUCGGGGCGAGUGUCUAUGCGGCUAUGCUUUUUGCCUGGUCGUUGGCGGAUGUUGUGCGGUAUUCGUAUUUUGUGAUUCUGUUGGCGGGGUCAGUCUCUGUACCUGGGUGGUUGAAGUGGUUGCGGUAUUCGUUGUUUUUUGUGCUGUACCCUGUUGGCAUUGGGGGUGAGUGGUUUUUGAUGUAUAGUGCUGCGCGAGUGGCUGAUACCACGCCGUCGUUGAUUUACUACUUCUGUCUGGGGCUUUAUGUGCCUGGCGCCAUCAUGAUGUAUUCCUACAUGGUCAAGCAGCGCCGAAAGACACUCUACGGUCGUGGUCGUUGA